UUAUGGCUUGGACACACCCGCUGACUUGUAACUUCAGCAGAAUCCGGAAGAGAUUAGGGAUAAACAAUGUUGCAAGAAGAUUACUCCACCAAACAAUACUGUGACGUUUGACCCUUGAAGUCUGCGUGUCUAAAAAGUAAUUUUAACUGCACGUGAUUUAAGGCGCACCGACUUGUUUGGCUUAGAGCGAUAUUCAGCGCGACUCUCCAAACACAUGCUGGGUGUAGCUCAAGUCCACCCAGUUAUUGGUUGUUUUACUCCUGGCAUACUAAACAUAUUAAUUACAAACUUACAAUUACACGUAACGUUAAAUUGAUCGUAUUGCUAGCUAGCACCAUUCUCUUCAGAAGUCAUGGGAAACGGAAUGAAUAAGGUUGUUGAUGGUCUGUAUCUUGGAAAUAUAAGAGACUCUGAAAAUACAGACAGUUUAUCCAAAAAUGGGAUUACACACAUCCUAUCGGUGUACAACAAUGCCAAGCCAGUACUGGAGGACAAGACCUACCUUUGUAUUCAUGCAGCUGAUUCUUCCUGCCAAAACUUGUUACAACAUUUCAAGGAGUGCAUCCGCUUCAUUCACGAGAGCCGUCUGAAUGGGGGAGGCUGCCUGGUGCACUGCCUGGCCGGGGUCUCACGCAGCACCACUGUGGUUGUGGCUUACCUGAUGACUGUUACUAACUACAGCUGGGAGGAGUGCCUCUCCGCCGUCAAGGCAGUGCGUUCCUUUGUUGGGCCAAACUUUGGCUUCCAGCAGCAGCUGCAGGAGUUCCAGAUGACCAUGGUAUCAGAGUAUCGUGCCUGGCUACGGCAGAGCUACAGUUCGAGCCAAUUUAAGGAUCAGGAGCAGGUGGGCGAGCUGCUGCGACAGUACGAGGAGCAGCAGCAGAAGGAGCAGCAGAAGAACGGCGAUCAGAGAUGGGUAAACCAGGCCUCGGGCGUCUACCCUCUGCCCUACAAUGCGUACGGCUCGGGGAGCAGCAGCUGAUUCUCCAAAAAAAAAAAAAAACAGCGAAGCCCUAGUGUGGGGCCAGAACUUGACAGGGAGCUGCAGGUGCAGCAUAUUUUUCUCUUGGCACUGGACAUGCAAAGAGCAACGGCCCUGGUUAGGAGCUUUAGAAGAGCAUUCUUAUUCACCACGACCCCAAGCCCACACUGAGAUGUAUAACGCCGGCUACCCGGUGCUUCCCCACCCAGAUUAUGAUUUAAAGUGAAGAGGCAAAGGAAACAAACCUUUUUUAAAAAAUUCAAUUCAGGGACAGUUUAACACCACCAUUCCCUAAUGCCAUUCAUGGACAAUGGAUAAAAAGCCAGAACUUGCAUGCUGUCAUGUUUGUAUCCCUGGGAAAAGCCAGUGGUGACACCUUUUCAGUCACAUCUGCUGGGGAAAAAAAUGGCCUUCGCCGCAUUCAAUGGGUUCCAAGGAGUAUUCCUACUAAAGCCAUACAAGGAUUUCAGAACAAUAUGCAUAACAAAUAUAUACAAUAUGGGGUGGGUGAGUCUGUGCUUAUGAAUCAUAGCCAUGGAAGAAUAUAGGAAAUUAAUUGUCAAACCCACAUUUUACAUGUAAUGUUUGACAAUCACUGUAAAAAGAAUACAGCUGGUACAAAUUUAAUAAAUGUAUUAAAUAUUAUAUGUAUGGGACAUGUUUAAUAUGCAAUUACAUUUAAUUUGAAAAAUAACGACUGCUAAUAAAUUCUUCGUAUAAAACACUUAAAA